AUGUCCCUCCCUUGCUUAAAAGCCUUCAAUGAUUUCCGCUCCCGUCAGCAACGAUCAGGUUGUUUCCUCGUGAACUUUGAUGCAGGAUUGAUUGCUCUGUUGACCUCAGCUCCGAACUUUCCCCCUAAAUCAUACUUUGACCGCCAGUUUCCCAAGAGACAGUACCCAGCCACCUCUGCAUUCUGGAUUAUAGCAUUUGAUGAGCUGAAGACUGAUUACAAGAAUCCUAUAGACCAGUGUAAUACCCUGAAUCCUCUUGUACUUCCAGAGUACCUCAUCCAUGCUUUCUUCUGUGUCAUGUUUCUUUGUGCAGCAGAAUGGCUUACCCUGGGCCUCAAUAUGCCCCUCUUGGCAUAUCAUAUUUGGAGGUAUAUGAGUAGACCAGUGAUGAGUGGACCAGGACUCUAUGACCCUACAACCAUCAUGAAUGCUGAUAUUCUAGCAUAUUGUCAGAAAGAAGGAUGGUGCAAAUUAGCUUUUUAUCUUCUAGCCUUUUUUUACUACUUAUAUGGCAUGAUCUAUGUCUUGGUGAGCUCUUAGAACAACACACAGAAGAAGUGGUCCAGUUAAAUGCAUGCAAAAAGCCACCCAAUGAAGGGAUUCUAUCCAGCAAGACCCUGUUUCCAAGAGUAGCCUAUGGAAUCUGACCAGUUACAUUAAAAAUGACUCCUUAUUUUUUAAAUGUUUCCACAUUUUUUGCUUGUGGAAAGACUGUUUUAAUAUGUUAUACUCGGAUAAAGAAUUUAAAUGAAUUACGUAUAAAUUAAUGUAAAAUGAUUACCUCUGGUGUUGACAGGUUGGAACUUGCACUCCUUAAGGAACAGCCAUGAUCCCUUGAAUGAUUGCAUUAAUUAUUGUCCUUAGUCCAUUGGAAGCUUUUGUUUAUAGGAACUUGUUUUGGUUUUAAUGAAAUGCCAUCUAAUUACAAAUAGCUGUAGAUGACCAGGUGCUUCUGAUGAACUGAAAAUAUAUAUCUGAUCUGUGGGAAACUUCAUGGAUUUCCUCAUCUAUCAUGUAGACGAUUAUAUAGGAUACAUUAAAAAAAUAAGAAGAGUGGGAUUUUUCCCCCCUUUAACUUGAAUAUUAUCCCUGUAUAUUGCAUGAAUGAGAGAUUUCCCAUAUUUCCAUCACAAUAAUAUACUUGCUUUAAUUCUUAAGCAUAAGUGAAUAUAUAAAAACAUACGCUGAAUUACUUAUGAAGAAUGCAUUUAAAGCUAUUUUAAAUGUGUUUUAAUUUGUAAGACAUUAUUAUUAAGAAAUUGGUUAUUAUACUUACUGUCCUAAUCUGGUGGUAAAGGUAGUCUUAAGAGUUUGCAAGUACUUCAGAUUUAUAAAACGGUAUGAAAGAGAACAUUGUAUAACUGCCCUGCUGUUCCUUUAGUGCAAUACAAUAAAAUUCUGAAAUUAAGA